CCGCUGUAGUCUGCAGACAGUCGGGCAGGCGGCUGCGCUGAACCGGGCUUUUCAGACGGUGGAAGUGAAGCAGCAGCCAGAGCCAGGGGCGGCCGGUGGGAGGAGGCAAAGACUCCGCAGCUGCUGCACCGCACAGCCUCUUUGACAGCCGCAAGAGGAAGGAGCCGGCAGCACCGACCCAUGUCUACGGAGUUGUCUGAAGCCCGAAACCUCGACGGGUCAGCGGAGCAGGCAACAGACGGACGGACCGGAGUGACGGACAUCGGUAGUGGCACAGCGGGCAGCAGCAUGGCGUCUGUGGCAGAGUACUACGCUGGCAAGAAUGUGCUGAUCACAGGAGCCACAGGCUUCAUGGGGAAAGUGCUGGUGGAGAAGCUGCUGAGGUCCUGUCCCGAGGUCAAAGCCCUCUACAUCCUGGUCAGGCCCAAAGCGGGCCAGUCGAUGCAGCAGAGGGUCAGCGACAUGAUGAAGUGCAAGCUUUUCGACCGAGUGAGGGAGGACAACCCCGACUUCCACCAGAAGAUCAUCCCAAUCAGCAGCGAGCUGAUGCAGCCCGGCCUGGCCAUCAGCCCAGAGGACGUGGAGAAGCUCACGGCCUGCAUCAACAUCGUCUUCCACUGCGCUGCCACCAUCCGCUUCGACGAACCGCUCAAACACGCCCUGCAGCUGAAUGUGAUCGCCACACAGCAGCUCCUCGGCCUGGCCCAGCAGAUGCACCACCUCGAGGCCUUCAUUCACAUCUCCACCGCCUAUGCAAACUGCAACCGCAAGCACAUCGAUGAGGUCAUCUACCCGCCGCCCGUCGAGCCCAAGAAACUCAUCGAGUCUCUUGAGUGGAUGGAUGACGGCAUUGUGCGGGACAUCACACCGCGGCUCAUCGGCGACAGGCCCAACACGUACACCUACACCAAAGCCCUGGCUGAGUACGUGGUGCAGCAGGAGCAAGACAAGCUCAACAUUGGCAUCAUCAGACCCUCCAUAGUGGGAGCCAGCUGGCAGGAGCCUUUUCCUGGUUGGAUCGACAACUUCAACGGGCCGAGCGGCGUCUUUAUAGCCGCGGGGAAAGGUAUCCUGCGCACCAUGAGAGCCAACAAUGAUGCCGUGGCUGAUCUGAUCCCCGUGGAUGUGGUCAUCAAUCUGACUCUGGCUGCUGGCUGGUACACUGCUGUACACAGACCUAAAACAGCUCUGGUGUACAACUGCACAACCGGCGGCAUCAACCCGUUCCACUGGGGGGAGAUCGAGCACCAUGUGAUGUCAUCCUUUAAGAGGAACCCCUUGGAGCAGGCUUUCCGCAGGCCCAACGCCAACAUCACCUCCAACUACCUGAUCAACCAGUACUGGAUCCUGGUCAGCCACAAGUUCCCCGCCCUCAUCUACGACCUCUUCCUGCGUCUCUCUGGGCAGAAGCCACAGAUGAUGCGCAUCUUCAAUCGUCUGCACAAGGCCAUCAGCCUGUUGGAGUAUUUCAGCAGCCAGGACUGGGAGUGGAACUCUGAGAACAUGAGCAUGCUGAUGAGCCAGCUCACCCCAGAGGACAGGAAGACAUUUAACUUCGAUGUGCGCCAGCUGAACUGGCCAGAGUACAUUGAGAAUUACUGCAUCGGCACCAAGAAGUACGUCCUGAACGAAGACAUGUCUGACAUUCCUGCUGCCAGGCAGCAUCUGAGGAAACUGAGGAACAUCCGCUACACCUUCAACACUCUGCUGGUCGUUUUCAUCUGGAGGGUGUUUAUCGCCCGCUCCCAGAUGGCCAGAAACAUCUGGUACUUUGUGGUCAGCCUCUGUUUCAAGUUCCUCUCCUACUUCCGCGCAUCCAGCACCUUAACCAACUGAGUCUUCCUCACCGCCUCAAGCCAGAGACAGCAGCCCCUCGCCUUCAGCUGUCAGCAGGAACCAAACAUCUGAGAAUCCAACAUCCACUGAGGAUGCUCCAAAUCCUUCUUAAUGUGGACAAGCAGGGCUCUCUACAGGUGGGGGCUGUGGUUGAGUGAAGCACUCAGAAGGAAGGGUAGGGGGGAAAAAAAAGAGGUCUACUAGCCAUGAAUUAUUUGUUUAGUUUGGAAAUCUGUCAUCAGUACCUGCACUGUUCAGUCACCAAACCCUGUCCAAAAAAAAAAAAGUGUUGUCAUUCAUUUUGUACCUACUGUUUUCUUCUCAAAGUGGCCAAUUAUAUAUGCAACAAUAAGCCUUUUGUGUGACUUCCAUUUUCCUUUCCACCCUCUUGAAUCUAGGUACAUUGCCUUGCCUUGUGAUGAUUUUUUUUCAUACUUGAAAUACGGCAGUGCGUCAGUGGAGGACAAUUUCUAUAAGAUUAUUUUCUGUUUUUUACUGUGGGGAUCUCCAGUUCCUCUCUUUAAUACGCAGGUGAUUUGGAUAUAUCUGUAUGUCUUGCGUUACGUGUAUCUACUGCCUUUUUAAGAUCACACACACACGAAACUCACUGGUGGUUAUCUGUCUCGAGGCCAAUCCACAGAUCAUUGAGACCAGUAUUACAGCGAAACUCUCACCACAGAUACCAAAACAUACAGAUCUGCCAUCUUUCCUGCUGUCGAGGUUGUCACUUAUUUAUGAUCACAAAUGAUAACGUCAGUACGUCUUUGAACAUAAACCGUGUUUGUUUGAAUGCUCAUCCACUUUUUGCCUGUUUGUACAGCAGUUUGUACUGAAACUAAGUUUACUACUUUUACAUCUUUAUACUUGCGUCAAAGGCUAGUACGAUUAUAUGUGGUAGACCUUGGCAGUGUAGUAUAUAUAAAUAAGAGUACAUCAGAGUGGAGUUUAUUUGUAUAGCCCAGUACAUAUUGUAAAAUGUUUCUCAACUGUUCCUAAACAAGAUUUUUAAGAAGAUAGCCCUUCACCAAAAUUUAUUAGGUAAAGACAUUUUGAAGAGGUCCUCCUCUCCUCUGACAGCUGGGGCUGAAAUAGGAGCCAUAGGUGGGAAAAACUAAAAAAUUAUAUUUGUUAGGAAUGCCAAAUGAAGGAUUAUGAUACAUAUAAUGAAGUCAAGCCAAAAUGUAAAGGUACAAGGAGUGUGUCCAGUUAAACUAGCCCGGUGUCAGUGAUUCACUUGUAUAGAAGUUCACAGCUUGGAGAAGGUGGAUUUGUGAAUUCAGAGGUCGAGUCAACUGAUUGAGAUUGAGGGGAUCUGGUCUUAUUUUGUGCCUCUCUGGUAUUGACAUUACAUUCGAUUCAGUGAUAACCAUCAGUUUCUCUGAAAAAUGUACGCUCAGUGAUGUUCUGCAAGCAGCUCAGACUUUCAGUAUCCUAGAACACUUUUUGAUCCAUCUAGAUGGGGAAAAAAAGUGCAAUUCUGUAUCUAAAUCCACAUAUAGAUAAAUGCCCACCAGCUGCAUUGAUAGGAAAUGGAGUCACACAUUUUUAAAAGCCUUUAAGGUUUUUAAAAAUACAGCAGAACAUGGUUACUGAGACUUGAACGUAAUGUUAAAACAUGAGAGGCACAUGUCUGACGAUAUUGAGUCCUUGAUGCUGGUCAGGUCACCCUCAAACACAAGAUUUUAAUCCCAAGGGACUCUGUGGUUGAAUAAAUUUUAAAGGCUUGUGAGGUUUGUUGGGAGAGGCACUUUAAAACCGUCCUUAGCGUGAAUCUGAAGCUGCUGCAGAGAAGCUAAGAUUGAUCAGUUUGUUAAAUGAUGUUGUAAACUGGGGUUGUAUCAUUGGAGUCGUCCGACCUUUGACUGUUAGUAAACGAGACGGAGCAGGGAUCAGUUAUCAUAGUUAAUUCAAAAAUAGAAUCUUGUCAUCUACGUUGGAGCGACAGUUCCAAUUGCAAAUGAUUCCACCGAACGAGAAAAUCAGUGGACCAAGUACAGAGCCAUGAGGGACGCCACACCUUACAGAAUGGAGGAACGGACUUCUGUUUUUUUUUUUUAACAAGACAAACUGACUAUUUGAUCCAGAUCCAGUUCAGCUUUAAAUCAGUGCGAGGUAAAGGACCCUCCUGGCAUUACAUCCUCGAUCCCAGUUUUGGAACAUCUGUAAAUAGGUGAACUUACACAUUAUUCUUAUAGACUACCAAAAACUUGUAUUUGACUGUUGAUUUCUUUUCCUUUUUUUUUUCUUUUUUUUCUUUUUUUUUGCUUGAGUGUCUUCACAGGACCACAGAGCUUCCCACAGAGUCUACCAAAAGUAUUAAGUGUGACAGGCAAGCCUGAUUUUUACUAAACAAAUGAGAAAACUGUGUACAGUAUUGUAUAUGUUGCAAGGUUUGACAGAAUAAAAAUAAAUAACAGUGAUGAGCCUUUAUGGGAGAAAAAGGGACAAAACUAAAUAAAUGUUUAUGCAAAGCCCAUGUCUGGUGUAACCAUGGUAACUAUCCUCUUAAUCGCAGAUGGGGAUAAUGAACCAAAACGUCUGCAUUCGUACAGAGCCUGCAUGAUGAAGCGGUUUCGUCAGAUUGUUUUCUAAGAGCUACAGGGCUACUUUAAUGGUGUCGUCAGUAUGAGGUUUCUUCUCUUCUGUGUGUCCGUUUGACAACAAAGUGCUCUCUUUGCUGUUUGCCGACCAAAUGCGGAGCACUGUUGGUACCAUGAACCGCGGUCUGGAGCUGCGACUGUUACUGUAUGUAACAAACAGCAACACAUAACCAGUGAUUUCAUCUUAUUCUUUCUGGUGUCAUUUGCAAAAUGUUUCACCACCUGUAUCCCCUGCUCUGACAACACUUCAAGUCUGCUUGGCAAAACUGAAAUAAACUAGAAGAGAAAAAGUG